AUGCCUCUGCUUGCCGAUCAAGCUGUCAGCACCUUGUCCGAGAUCUGGCACCCUCAGGAUAUUCCUUCCGUGUUCCUACCCCCCGCCAAAGUAGGGGGUAGCUCUUUUCCUCCUACUCAUUCCCGUCCAACUUCCAAGCAGAUCUCUUCCGAUUUGCAAUCCAUAGCGUCUCAUACACAUCCAAUACAUCCACACAACAGUCAUCCCUCCGUAUCUGGCCAUAACCCUUCCCCGACCCUCUUGCUUGCCUCGGGCACCAAAUCCGAUCAGAUAUUACCCCUCAAGUCUUUUGUUUAUAAAGUCCUUCGCCACUCAAGGACAUCUAAAAAUGUACUGCAGAUAGCACUAUGUUAUCUAGAAUCCAUUCGUCCCAAGGUCCCACAGAUUUUGCAAGAGGAAAACAUCGGCAUUCGCUCUUAUGCUCAGCCCAAAAGCAGUAUUCAGAAAGCUACCCCAGAAGAGCUGGCGAUGGAUGCUGAGCUUACUGCUCUUGAGAACUCCGGCAAGAUCAACAUCAUCAAUAAUUUCAUUGACAAUUCUAUGCAAACAUUCCGUGUUGCCGAUUCUGGUUCACAAGAUCUGGCUGAAUCGUGCAUCUAUCCACAAGACUCUCUGUCCAGCGUAGAUGUGCAGGUCUCAACGGCUCCUCUUUCCACCACCCUUUCUUUGCCAUCUCCCCUCCUGUGUCCCCGUAGAGCCUUUCUGGCAUCCCUCAUCCUGGCCUCCAAAUUUUCACAAGAAAAGUGUUAUUCUAACCGUGCUUGGGCAAGGUUAUCUGGUCUCCCACCUCGUGAAAUUGGUCGCUGCGAACGUGCCCUCGCACAAGCCUUGCAAUGGCGACUCUGGGUCGGCAAAUGUGCCUUUGGUGAGAGUGCUGCAACUGCCACAUAG